AUGUACGCUGCGUACCCAGGAGGCGGGCCUCCUCCUCACUAUGCCCCGCCUCCGACUUUCUUGCAGCCCCACCCACCUCCUCCACCAUUACAACACCAUGUGCAGGUGCCGCCCAUUCCGAUGGUGCAAAGUCAAUCGCCCGUUGCUCACUAUUCCAAAAAGAGAAGCACUUUCGUGGGAAAUUUGACACUGCUCAUCUAUUUCGCGAGUAGAAGCAGUACGAUCAUAUUCUACGUACGCUAG